UGUUACAGCUCGCAUUUGACAACCGCAUCGGUACGCAUCGAUCAAAGAGCAUCAUGUGCUGGAUUAGAGUCAGCAGGAAGAACGGCCAAGAAACCUCCACCUUUACUACGUUCGCGAACACUUCCGGCCAUUGUCGUACCUGGAGUGAGUAUUCUACAAGCGCAACUUGGAAACUAUAACCAAGAAGUACAGUCGCCACCAUCAUAUUUGGCUGCCCACAGAGUUAGCCUAACACCAAGAUGUCAUUCGGCGAAGGUGUGGGACGAUUCCUCAAUGGUCGAGACGCGAAGAAAAUCGGCGAUUAGUCGACUUUGCGGUUCGGGAAAUUAUGGACCUGAACGUGGAGCGGAUGGCACCGUACUCUUAAGGGUUCCAGCUCCUCACGUCGUUGCUGCAAGGGCGUACAGGAUAUCGAGUCCCAGCACGAGCGGCACGGGACUGUAUAAAUUAACGCGCCUUUUAAAUCAAGGCAGCAAACAGCAGGCGCUCGUCGACGAUACGAACGUUCCAAGACGUCUUAGUUGGGAAAGAAAAUUAAGCGGAGUCCGUUUACCGCGCUCUUCCAGUAUCGACUCUAUGGUGGAAACGAUUUGGGCGGAAAGCAUAUCGGAGGCCACGACGCCACCGCCGACCGACAAGAGGCCCUCCCUACGUUUGGACAGGCCUAUGGCUCUGGUCUCGCCAACUGUUGGAAGACGUAUGAAAGGGCAACGAGGAAUUAACGAAUUACCCCCAUUAUCGAGCGAGAACGAAAUGGAAAUUGCAAACGGAUACCUUAAUACGGGUUUAUCGUCCCAUGGGCACAAGCCUAGUAAAAAACAGGCAAAAUUAAUGCAACAGCGCCUGGAACGGUUAGCGAGGAUCAACAUUCACUUGCAGGCUUUGUUUGCCGCUAUUGAACAUGGACAUUUGGAGAAAGCCAGGACGAUAUUGGAAUCUACAGAUGUUGACGUAAAUAGUGUGAAUAACGAUGGAUUAUCGCCUCUAGACAUUGCCGUUCUCAGCAAUAACCGUCCCUUAGUGAAAAUGUUAAUUAGUUUCGGAGCGCGAGAGGGUAGUCAAUUUUCAAGCCCCGACAAGUUAGGUUCGCAUCUGAAACAUCUUCUGGGAGAAGCGGAGAUGCGUCUUCAAGAAUUAGGUGGACUAUUAGAGGAACCUUGUGGGGCACCGUUUAAUACUAGGGCGUCGUUUUCGAGCAUUAUCGGGAAUACGUACCAGUCUUCGACCAUGACAGGUUGUGCUGGUGGCGACACAGAGAAACAGGCAAUCGCUUGGAGCAGAAGAGUGAAGGUCCUCCGACGAAUGGUGCUAGGUUUCGCACAAGCACGACCUCCCGAUCCCCCAUCUCUUGUCGCCGUCGAUAUAACAUCUUCCACAUCCAUCACGUUACGUUUACAAGAUCCAAUCUCGAAUGACUCCGCUAUUAAUACCAAAUAUUUAGUUCAGUGGUCCGCCAGGCCUGAUUUUUCUCCACUAACUGGCGAAAUUGAUAUUUUGGACAUGUCCAAGCCCACCUGCACAAUAGAGCUCUCCCAAGGGAGACGAUAUUUUUUUAGGGCAGCUUGCGGAAAUUUAAAGGGCUUCGGCAACUUUGUACCUUCUACCCCCGCGUCGGUGGUGCCAUCGACGUGGAGAGAAGUUGACCACCGCGAUUCAAGGUACGACGGUAAACUCCUCAAUCUGGACCACUUAAUCGAAGAGGUAAAGCAAAUACGACCAGGCACCGAGAUAUUAGAAACGCCGGGACCACAGCGCAGAACGCAAAGAAAAAAGACGACAAUUAAGCAACUAUUUUCGGCGGCAAGUAAAUUUCAAAAGCAUUUAAAAAGGGGAAUAUAUUUAGCCUGCAUUUUGUACCAUGAAGACAAAGUCUUGGUGACCAAUGAAGAUUUUUUACCUGUGAUAGAAAUUGAUGAAUCCUUUCCAAGUUGCAUCCAUACCGAUCUUCAUUGGUUCAUGAAGGUUGCGUGUACGUGGAACGACACCAAGUUUCUGCGUUGCGAUAUGGAAAAGACAACCUCGUCCGCAAUCCACUUCCGUACCAAACUUUUAGCCGCCGCUUUACAAAUGCAAUCCGCGUUAUGCUUGCAGGACUUAGGGCAACUAUUUUACAAACCUUUACGUGAUGUGAACGGAACGGUGGUGCUCAGUACAAUUAAUUACAUAAAGUCGCCGAAAAGUGUAUCCGUUUUAAAUUCGCGAUGGUUACCAAUGAACAAAGUGUUUAAAAAAGUUGUGCUCAGCGACGACCACAGCAUCUCGGAGAUUUUGAUGGGGUCCAUACAAGAACAAAUUAACUAUCAUCAAGUUUCCGGACUCAAACUUGGCAAAGGACUUUACUUGGCUUAUCUCAAAAUGCAAAGUUCUGUUGAUUUGAUACAAGUUGUAGUUCCGGCAAAGUCGCCCAACAUGUUACCUCACUGCAAAAUUCGGGACAAUCCACACGUUUCUGA